AUGUCUACAGGAAAGAAAGAAUCUGUGAAGGAGAAAAUAGAGAGAACUGCUGGUGGUGCUAGGGUUAUGGGUCUGCACACAAGUUCUUCCGCUCAUUCCAAAAAGAACUCCCGAAAUCCAUCCAGGAAGCGUUACAAGUCUCGCGCAAUCCCAAUGCAAAACCCUGAGGCCCCUGUGUCUGAGGAUAUUUCAAACUCUUUUGUUUCUGCAAAUGAUGAAGACGAUGUCACAACGUCUACACAUUCCUCAUAUGCGACAAUCUCUGAUCAGCCUGACAAGGAAGGUUCACUCUUAAAGGAUUCUUCUCCUUCGUCCAAGAAUCCGAAUUCCAAGGCUGAAGGUUCAACGGAUGAUCUGUUAGUAGAUUCUAUGAAGACCCCUCCCAUUGUUCACGAUAUCUCUGACGGUGAAGAUUCAGAGGAAGUACCCUUAGUGUGUGUUGCUGACAAGUUACUUAAAAGAAGAAGGGCAUCUGUUGGAGAAACCCCUGUUGUGGAGUCCUCUAGCAAGAAAGUAAAGAAGACUACUGUGAAGAAGAAGAAGGUUUCCAGGGUUGAACUGGAUUCAUAUUCGGAUGUUGAAGCUGAUGUCCUGGACAUCACGGCUUCUGAGAGAAAGAAGUUUUCUGGUAAGCGCAUUCCCCAGGAUAUUCCUUCAAUUCCACUUGAUAAUUUUUCCUUUCAUGCUGCUGAGAAUGCCAUCAAAUGGAAGUAUGUCUUCCAGCGACGUAUUGCUAAGGAACGGGAAAUUGGGUCUGAUGUUUUGGAAUGCAAGGAGAUUGUUGCUCUUAUCACAAGAGCUGGUUUGAGAAAGAUUGUUAUGGAGAUAGGCAAGUGUUAUGAUAGGCUGGUGAAGGAGUUCCUAGUCAAUUUGUCUGAUGAUGUUGGCAAUCCUGCCAGUCCUGAAUUUAGAAAAGUCUAUGUGAGGGGUCAGUGUGUGAAUUUCUCUCCUGCAAUCAUAAAUAGAGCACUCGAGAGGAGUGUAGUUGAAUUUGUUGAAGAAGAACUCUCUCUGGACACCAUUGCUGAAGAACUGACUGGAGGUAAGGUGACGAAGUGGCCUGCCAAGAAGCUUCUCUCUACUGGAUAUUUGACGGUGAAGUAUGCCAUUUUGAAUAGGAUUGGAGUGGUGAAUUGGAUUCCCUCUAAUCAUACCUCUGCAGUCUCUACUAUGCUGGCCAAGUUGAUCUACCGUAUAGGCACUGAGAUUCAUUUUGAUUUUGGCUCUUUUGUGUUUUCUCAAACACUGAAGCAUGCAGAGACGUGUGCAGUGAAGCUUCCUGUCUCUUUUCCUUCACUUCUGACUGCUAUUAUACUGAAACAACAUCCUCAUAUUCUUGGUGUGAAUGACGUGCCCUUCCCCAGAGGAAAUCCUAUUACCUUGGAUCAUCGCUUAUUCUUAGAACCUCAUGUCCUGGACAUUGAUCUGCCAUCCAAUAGGACAUAUGUGCCUGCUUCUAUGUCAGCUUCUGGAACCAAGAGUGUCCUUUCUGAAUUGGAAGAUAUUUCUAAGGAGUUGCAAGAAACCAUCAGGGUUGCUGCUGCAAGGAAGCUUAAAGUGGAUGCGUUGAUUCAAAUUCUCAAGGAGGAAGCUAGUCAAGAGGGUGAGCCUGCAGCUGCUGCUGAGAAGGAAGGAUCUGCAGACAAUGCAGAGGAACAUUCUUCUUCUGAUGUUUAG